UAUUGAGUCCGAAAAAGCUCGUCCUCCUGCUUUCUGGGUGUCUGCAGGUGUGUGCAGGUAAAGGCAGGGACUUUGCACAAGACAGCGCUCCCACAGCUCCAGAGCAGCGGGCGAAUCACUGUUGCUUUGUCUGAAACUCCUUCUGAAUGGGUGACUGGAGCAAACUGUAUGGAGUCCUGGAAAAGGUCCAGGCCUCAUCCAGUAGGUGGGGGAAGUUCUGGCUGGCACUCCUCAUCUUCAGGAUCCUGCUUCUAGGCACUGCGGUGGAAUCUGCCUGGGGGGACGAGCAGUCUGCCUUCACGUGUAACACCCAGCAGCCCGGCUGCCAGAACGUGUGUUACGAUAAAUCCUUCCCCAUCUCCCACAUGCACCUUUGGGUCCUUCAGAUCGUCUUUGUGUCAAUGCCCACACUUCUGUUCCUUACUCGUGUUUAUAGUAGGAGGAAAGUUUGGAAAAACAAGAAAAACAUAGAUCUUAAGAGAGCAUGUGAGCCAAUUCCAGAAAAUUCUUAUUAUAAUAAAUUUGAUAAAAAUGUUAUUGAAAAAUCUUUACAGAUAAUAGAAUUCAUAAAUAAACACUAUGUAAUUAUGGAAGAAGACAGGAAAAGUGAGAUGAGUAAAGAACUGUUUAAAAUCUAUGCAGUCAGUAUUUUCUUCAAGUUUCUGUUAGAAGUGGCCUUCCUGGUUAUUCAGUGGUGCAUUUAUGGCUUCACUCUGAAUCCAGUCUACAUCUGUGAGAGGGCCCCAUGUCCACACCGGGUGGACUGUUUUUUGUCCCGUCCCACAGAGAAGACCAUUUUCCUAAUUUUCAUGCUGGUGGUCUCACUGGUGUCAUUGGUGGUCAGCAUCAUUGAGCUCUGCAGAGUACUCUGCAAAAAAAACAACCAGGAAACUGAGUCAUGUGAGAGGGAGCAGAAUGAGGCCAACCAUUCCUUAGAGCCGGACCAGUUUGAUCAGAACGAUGGCACAAACCCUCCAUCAAAAGGUCAUUCACAAUAUCCCCAAAAUGCUCCUGAUACCUACUUCUACCUCUCACCAAGAGAGUACGUGAAUUGCUGAGCUGUGAUGAACUACAGUAUUCGAUGCCAUAACAGCAGGAGAGUGAACAACUGGUCCAAAAGGAGCAUGUUUAAACUGUGGUUUCCACCUCAGACUGACUGACAGAACUUGUGUCUUCAGCCAGAAACAUCAGGACACAUUUGAUCUCACAGGUUUAUGUGAGACUGACUGACCAUCAGAUCUUGUUGUGUGAAAGUGUCAAAGGUUUGAGUUUUAGAGGUGUUGUUAGUGUUGUAAACCCAACAGUUAUGAGAGUUCUGAGUCUCAAAGAAACAUCUGUUCAAGAACACAGACACACUGUGACACAUCAAGUUUUACAAAACAAAACAAAGGAAUAUUUAUUGUUCUGGUUUCGGUCACAGUUCCUCCUGUUCUUCCAGCUGGACAGAUUUUGCACGAUGUCUGAGAGUGUCUUUGUUUUCUUUACACCAGAAACAAAUCAGUGUGUAAGAUCAAAUGUUUUCUUUAUGUUCAGUCAUGCAGUGCAAUGUCACGUUCUGAUUAAUCUGAGGAAGCUGCAUCAUAUCUGUACAUCUAAAGUCCAUAAACAGUCAGAUUAUUGAAAUCUGAAAGAGCACAAUCAAUUCUCUUUACUGUAGGUUUGCUCAAACUGUCAGUUCAUAAUUAUUUUGUGGGUACUUACAUGUGUAAUGGAUCUUUUGGGUACACUGAUCAUUUGCACUGAGAACUCGGUGAUGGAUAUAUGUGAAAAGAGUUUUGUAAUGUGUUUGAAUAAACAGUUGUGGGUAUAUCGCUUAACAGCAGGAUGUGUCUGUGGUUUUUACAAAAAUAAUUAUUUGUUGUUGUU